UCCAGACGACUUCUUGAAGUACCACUGGUUUUAUCUGCUAGUAUGGCUGUAGCAUCCAGAAGGGCUGUGUUCACUAUUGUGGGAACGUGUUUCAAAUCAUUCACUAGGCAAUCUCUGGCAUUUGACUCAGCUGUGUAUUGUUCUUGCUACAAAUCUACAUAUUCAGCUCUUCCGGAUGACUACAACUGCAAAGUGGAACUUGCUGUGACAUCAGAUGGAAAGACCAUAGUUUGCUAUCACCCUUCGGUGGACAUUCCAUAUGAGCACACAAGACCCAUUCCAUGGCGAGAUCCAGUUGAUUUUAUGGCCGAAACACACAAUCAAGUGCUAAAAUCUAAGUUGGAAGUAGAAGAGCUCAAGAACAAGAAAGGUCCUACAAUUGAGGAACUUAGUAAAAUGUUUUAUACAACAAAACAUCGCUGGUAUCCAGUGGGGCAGUACCAUACUAGACGCAAGAAAACCAAUACUCCCAAAGACCGGUGAACAGGAGAGUGUAUGUCUUGCUUUAUGUUUCCUGUCAUU